AUGGGCACUCAGGCGCAAACUACCUUCAGCAUCCCACCUUCCCUCGCACUCUUUCAAGCGCUGCAGAUCUGCAUCUGUUAUUUUCUUCUUGGCCCUGUCGAAUUGCUUCUUGACUCGCCCAUAUCUCGGCAUGCCUUCGCGAUCAAGGUCGCCCGACCGUGGUCGAUCGCCAAGCCGCGGUCGGUCCUACAAUUCACGAUCCAGAUCCCCGUCGCGCCGUCGCUCCUUUUCCAGAGACUCGCGAUCGCCCCCACCCCGUCGCAACGGCCGGAGUAG